CAGCCAUCCAUCUCAUGAUCCCCGUAUCCACCUAGCUACCCCGCACUAGAAGUACAUAAUUCGUUUCUGCUGGGCGAGACUCGACCGAAUGCACCAACGAACGAGAGGGCAGAGAAUUGAAAAGCACCGACGUAACGUAACAUACGGCCCAGCCCUUGUACAUACAGCUUCCUGCCUCUGCCUAUUGCUCUUGCCUCUUGCCUCUUGCCUCCCCUCGUACCCCGAGCUGCUGCUGCUGCAAAUCCCGAACCCACCACCACCCCUCCCCACCUCUCCUCCCUCACCCCUCCCCCCACCGCCCCCAAGUUGUUUCUCCCGCCUUGCUGCUCGUGCUCCUGCCUCUACUCCUGAUCCGGCUGCUGCCCUCAGUCUGGAGUAUAUAGUGAGUACAAUGGUACCGGUGCUGGUACAGGCGUUUGUCCUCCCCAACUAGCGGGUUAACUGCAGCACGUUGCUUGUGGCGAUCACGGUAGUCAGUUACUGAUCGACUCCCGCCCCCGAAAACUCUCAUCCUCUCCCUCUUAUCUCUUUGGGCAUUUCUCGGAAAGAAAGAAAAGGAAAAAAAAUCCGAAUUUGCCAUAGCCCGGCAGCAAACCAGCCAGAACAAAAAAAACCAGAAACAGAAGCCCCAGCGGAAGCAGACAAUCAAUCAAUCUAGCCAGCCAGCCCC